AUGGAGCCUCCUCAACUCGACGGCCAGUGCGGGGGCGAGCCACCGGCAUCCGUGGAGGGAGUCGUGUUCAUGCCGUACGCCACCGCGGACUCCUCGCUGCGCGUCAUGGCCGGUCAGGCCGAGGGCUUCGGCCGCCACGCCAUCGGCGGCCUCCACGGCGACGUCUACCACGUCACGACCCUCGAGGACGACGGGGACGGGUCGCUCCGGGAGGGUUGCCGGAGGCGCGAGCCGCUAUGGAUCGUCUUCGACGUGUCGGGCACCAUCCACCUCUCGACGGGACUGCGCGUGUCGUCGUACAAGACCAUCGACGGCCGCGGGCAGCGUGUGACACUGUCCGGCAAGGGGCUCCAGCUGCGGGAGUGCGAGCAUGUGAUCGUCUGCAACCUGGAGGUGGAAGGGUGCCGCGGCCACGACGCCGACGCCGUGGCGGUGAAGCCCGGGUCGCGGCACGUGUGGAUCGACCGGUGCGGCCUCCGCGGCUGCGGCGACGGCCUCCUCGACGUCACCCGGGGCAGCACGGACGUGACCGUGUCCAGGUGCCGCUUCUCGGCGCACGACAAGGCCGUGCUGAUCGGCGGCAGCGCCGGCCACGUCGAGGACCGUGCCAUCCGGGUGACCAUCCACCACUGCCUCUUCGACGGCACGCGGCAGAGGCACCCGCGCGUCCGCUUCGGCAGGGUGCACCUCUACAACAACUACACCAGGGGCUGGGGCAUUUACGCUGUCUGCGCCAGUGUCGAGUCACAGAUUGUAUCCCAGUGCAACAUUUACGAGGCAGGGGAGAAGAAGAAAGUCUUCAAGUACAUGAUAGAACAGGCGGCAGACAGAGACCAGAGUUCAACUGGGUUCAUCCGGUCUGAAGGCGACCUGUUCCUGAACGGUGCAGAGGAGUGCACUGCUCAGGAUUCAGAAGCUGCGGCAGAUGAGCUGUGGGACUUCAAGAUUCAGGAAUUGGAUUUCUACCAGUCUUGUUCCGUUCAGCCGGCGUCAAUGGCGCUCAAGGAGCUACUGGAGUGCUUCACCGGCUGGCAGCCAGUUCCGCUGCCGGAAGACACUUGCCUCGAAGAGGAAACUGAUUCUGCUCCUGCUGACACUACUGCUUGACACAUGAACAACUGUAAUGAAAAUAGUAGUAAAAAUACCACACAGUCCACUUGAAGUAAAUAAAUCAAAUAAAGUAUCCACAAUUAGUCAAUUACUAAUUUAUUACUAUAGUAAUUACGGUAACAGUAUUUCUGAUAAGUACGAGAGCAUAUUUCCCAUCCUUGAAGAGUUACCACGAGGUACUAUGAGGUACGAGUUAUUAUGAGGUACCAAUCUAAUCUAACCGUUGGUUUAGCAGGGGUAUGAUUGGGCUAACAAAAUAGCGACAUCCUCUGAGCCGCCCUCUUCUCCCCUCUUCCAUCUGCCGCAUCACGUCGUUUGUGCUGGCCAUCUGCGCCGCGCCGCCGUCGCACAUCUAGGCUGCCGCGCCGCCGCCGUCGCAUCGAGGCCACCCCCGGGAAUGUCCGCAGGGUUCGUGACCUUCAUGCCUGUGCCCUCGCCGCCAGCUCUCGCCCGCUCUGUUCUCGUUCCAAUUCACCGCCCUCGAGAUCGCUCUAAAUCAUCAAGCUUGUCCGCCGGCCCGUCGAGCUCGCUCCGAUUCUUCAACCUCUGUCCGUCGGUGCACUCGAGCUGGCUGGUGCUUGGAGCUCCUUCUUUGCAGCUCCGUGAUGUUCUGUUUCCACAAUAACUUCACCAAUGAAUUUAACCUGGGCAAAUCUGCCUAAGUGUUCAUCCUUGUUGAAAAAUCUGGAUGAGAGAAACCCAACAUCUGAAGUUCUUGAUAUUGAUAUAGAUAUAGUAUGUAUGCAUGUUUCCUGUUCAAUAAGCCAAUUUAU